GGGCUCCGGGGUCGCCAGCUCCUCGCCCACCUCCCUCCCUGUGGGAGAAGAGGAGGAGGGGAAGUGACUGCGGAGUUGAUGAACUUUGCACAUCCAGAAACGCCAUUUUGAUUCCUUUUCCGGAACAAGUUUGCAUCUCUCCUCGUUCUCUCCCCGAAGCCCACCGGUCCCCACUGCAUCAUGCCUGGGAGCCAAGCGCCCUGCCCCGCCGUUGCUCCGACUCUGCUCCAGAGGUGGUGGCUUUGAGGUGUGACCCAGCCCACAUUUGGGCCCAGCCAGCACCAGCUGCUCAGUAAGGAGGGCCAGCUUGAUAAGACGAAGAAAACAGUGUCAACGAGACUUACCAAGAGAAGAAAAAAAAGAAGUGAACACAGACUCAUUUCCUACUCCACGUGGAUGAUAGCUAUAGCAGGGGAAAAUCUCAUAGUAUAUCAAUUGGGGCAGAAAAUGGAGUUCUAUGGCAGAGGCUUCUUAGAAGCUUAAACCCUUGUCCCAAUGACGUCAAGUUCGCCCAUUGGCUUGGAAGGUUCAGACUUGUCUUCCAUCAACACCAUGAUGUCAGCGGUAAUGAGUGUAGGGAAGGUCGCCGAGAAUGGCGGGAGCCCCCAGAGCAUCAAGUCCCCCACGAAGCCUCCAGGACCAAAUCGGAUUGGCAGAAGGAACCAGGAAACGAAAGAGGAGAAGUCUUCCUAUAACUGUCCCCUGUGUGAAAAAAUUUGCACUACACAGCAUCAGUUAACUAUGCACAUUCGUCAGCAUAACACGGACACUGGAGGGGCAGAUCAUUCGUGCAGCAUCUGCGGGAAGUCGCUGAGCUCGGCCAGCUCCCUGGACCGCCACAUGCUGGUGCACUCUGGCGAGAGGCCUUACAAGUGCACUGUGUGUGGCCAGUCUUUUACCACCAAUGGGAACAUGCACAGACAUAUGAAGAUUCAUGAGAAGGACCCUAACAGUGCUACAGCUGCAGCCCCUCCAUCCCCACUGAAGCGCAGGCGGCUGUCCUCCAAAAGGAAACUGAGUCAUGAUGCCGAGUCAGAGAAGGAAGACCCAGCACCUGCUAAAAAGAUGGUGGAAGAUGGGCAGUCCGGUGACUUGGAGAAGAAGGCUGAUGAAGUGUUUCACUGUCCAGUAUGUUUCAAGGAGUUUGUUUGCAAGUAUGGACUGGAGACCCACAUGGAGACCCACUCAGAUAACCCACUAAGAUGUGAUAUUUGCUGCGUCACCUUUCGAACACAUCGAGGAUUGCUACGCCACAAUGCACUUGUCCACAAACAACUUCCCAGGGAUGCAAUGGGAAGGCCUUUCAUACAGAACAACCCUUCUAUUCCUGCUGGCUUCCACGACUUAGGAUUCACUGACUUCUCCUGUAGGAAGUUUCCUCGGAUUUCUCAGGCCUGGUGUGAAACAAACCUGCGAAGGUGCAUCAGCGAGCAGCACCGUUUCGUCUGCGACACGUGUGACAAGGCGUUCCCCAUGCUCUCCUCGCUUGCCCUGCACAAGCAGACCCACCUCGCCACAGACCAGGGACGGGAAAGGCUGCAGGCCAAGACCCUGCCUGGUGACGCCCUGGACCAGAAGACCUUCCUGGCCUUGCUGGGGCUGCAGCACACCAAAGACAUCAGGCCUGGCCCUGCCGAGGAGCCCCUGCCAGAUGACAACCAAGCAAUACAGCUCCAGACGCUCAAGUGUCAGCUACCUCAGGACCCCGGCUGCACCAACAUGCUGAGCCUGUCUCCUUUUGAAGCUGCUUCUCUGGGCGGUUCUCUCACAGUCCUUCCCGCUACCAAGGAGAGCAUGAAGCAUCUGUCCCUGCAGCCCUUCCAGAAGGGCUUCAUCAUCCAGCCAGACAGUAGUAUUGUGGUCAAGCCCAUCUCCGGGGAGUCGGCCAUCGAGCUGGCAGACAUCCAGCAGAUUCUGAAGAUGGCAGCCUCGGCUCCCCCUCAAAUCAGUCUUCCACCCCUCUCCAAGGCCCCUGCCACCCCUCUGCAGGCGAUUUUCAAGCACAUGCCCCCUCUGAAGCCAAAGCCCCUGGUCGCCCCACGGACAGUGGUGGCCACCUCCACGCCCCCCCCCCUCAUCAAUGCCCAGCAGGCCUCCCCGGGCUGCAUCAGCCCCAGCCUCCCACCGCCGCCCCUGAAGCUCCUCAAAGGCUCCGUGGAGGCGGCCUCCAACGCCCACCUGCUGCAGUCCAAGUCCGGGGCCCAGCCGAGCGCGGCCGCGCAGCUCUUCCUGCAGCAGCCGCGCGUGGAGCUGCCAGGCCAGGCCGAGAUGAAGACGCAGCUGGAGCAGGACAGCAUCAUCGAGGCCCUGCUGCCCCUGAGCAUGGAGGCCAAGAUCAAGCAGGAGAUAACGGAGGGGGACCUCAAAGCCAUCAUGACGGGCCCCAGCAGCAAGAAGACGCCGGCCAUGCGCAAGGUUCUCUACCCUUGUCGCUUCUGCAACCAGGUGUUCGCCUUCUCGGGGGUGCUGCGCGCGCACGUGCGCUCCCACCUGGGCAUCUCGCCGUACCAGUGUAACAUCUGCGACUACAUCGCCGCCGACAAGGCUGCGCUCAUCCGCCACCUGCGCACGCACAGCGGUGAGCGGCCCUACAUCUGCAAGAUCUGCCACUACCCCUUCACCGUCAAGGCCAACUGCGAGCGGCACUUGCGCAAGAAGCACCUCAAAGCCACCCGCAAGGACAUCGAGAAGAACAUCGAGUACGUGACCAGCAGCGCGGCCGAGGUGGUGGACGCCUUCUGCUCCCCCGACACGGUGUGCCGGCUGUGCGGCGACGACCUGAAGCACUACCGCGCGCUGCGCAUCCACAUGCGCACGCACUGCGGCCGCGGCCUGGGCGGCUGCCCCAAGGGCCGCAAGCCCUUCGAGUGCAAGGAGUGCAGCGCCGCCUUCUCGGCCAAGCGCAACUGCAUCCACCACAUCCUCAAGCAGCACUUGCACGUGCCCGAGCAUGACAUCGAGAGCUACGUCCUAGCGGCCGAAAGCCUGGGCCCUGCGGAGGCGCCUGCCGAGGCCUCGGGGAGGAUGGAGGACGGCAGUGGGGCCUUUGGCGAGCACAAACCCCUCGCCACCUUCUUGGAGCCGCAGAACGGCUUUCUGCACGGGGGCCCCACCCAGCCUCCGCCUCCACACGUCUCAGUCAAGUUGGAGCCCGCCAGCAACUUGGCGGUGGACUUCAACGAGCCCCUGGACUUCUCCCAGAAGGGCCUGGCCCUGGUCCAAGUGAAGCAGGAAAACGCCUCCUCCUUCGUGAGCUCCUCUUCCUCGUCCCCCUAUGACUGCUCCAUGGAGCCCAUCGACCUGUCCAUCCCCAAAAACUUCAGGAGAGGAGACAAGGAGACAGCUGCUCCCGGCGAAGCCAAGAAGUCUGAGCAGGAACCAGGGAGUGGGGAGCAGCCCUCGCCCUGUCCACCACUCUGCCCUACCCUGCCGGCGCCUGGGGGGUCCAGCGGCAUCCUGGAAAAACCCACGGCCCCUGCAGUGGGGUCCUCGGCAGCCACCAUCCUGGAAGCCCACACUCAGCCCCUGCAGGGCUCUGUUCAGCUUGCUGUCCCCAUCUACUCCUCAGCCGUCGUCAACAGCCCCCCCAUCUUGGGCAACUCCACCCUCGUAAGCAGCCCAGCGUUGUUGCGGCCACUGCGCCCUAAGCCUCCUCUGCUCUUGCCAAAGCCCUCUGUGACCGAAGAGCUGCCCCCGCUGGCCUCCAUUGCCCAGAUCAUCUCGUCCGUGUCCUCCGCGCCCACCUUGCUGAAAGCCAAGGUGGCUGAUCCCGGUCCCGCCAGUGCUGGCAGCAACACCACGGUUUCAGACAGCUUAGGAGGCACUGUCCCUAAAGCCGCCCCUGCCCCCACUGACACCACAAGCCCCAAAGAAUCCAGCGACUCACCGCCUGCUGCCAACAGCCCAGAGGCGGCUUCGCCCACGGAGCAGGGGCCAGCUGGCUUGUCAAAGAAGAGGGGCCGGAAGAAGGGGAUGAGGAGCCGGCCGCGAGCCAGCAGCGGCAGCGUGGACCUGGACUCGAGUGGGGAGUUUGCCAGCAUAGAGAAGAUGUUGGCCACUACAGACACCAACAAGUUCAGUCCGUUUCUGCAGACCGCAGAGGAUGAUGCUCAGGAUGAGGCGGCUGGAGCUCCUGCUGACCACAACGGGCCCAGUGAUGAAGAGCAGGGUAGCCCCCCAGAAGACAGGCUGCUGAGGGCAAAGCGGAACUCCUACGCCAACUGCCUGCAGAAGAUCAACUGUCCCCACUGCCCCCGGGUCUUCCCUUGGGCCAGCUCCCUCCAGAGGCACAUGCUCACACACACUGGUCAGAAACCCUUCCCUUGUCAAAAAUGCGAUGCCUUCUUUUCUACCAAAUCUAACUGUGAACGCCACCAGUUACGCAAACACGGAGUUACCAACUGUUCCCUGAGAAGAAACGGGCUUAUCCCCCAGUCAAAAGAGAGUGAUGUUGGACCCCAUGAUAGCACAGACAGCCAGUCAGACGUGGAGACAUCAGCCGCAGGAGGUGAAGUUCUGGACCUCACCUCUCGGGAGAAAGAGCAGCCGACAUCGGAGGGAGCCUCUGAGCCCAACCAGGUCGAAGAAGAGCUCCCCACAGAGGAGCUGAAGCCUGUAGACAGGGAGGAGAAGGGAGCCGAGGAGAGCCAGGAGCAGGAGGACAAGAGUGGGGUGGAGGAGAGGGACGAGGACACAGACGGCCCGGAGGAAGACACCGUCAGCAACAAGAGCCUAGACCUCAACCUUGCCAGCAAGCUGAUGGGCUUCAAGCUGGCCGAGGGCGACGCCGGCACCGUGGGCAGCGGAGGCUCCACCCAGCAGGACCAGAAGCACGCCUGCGACAUCUGCGGCAAGAGCUUCAAGUUCCUUGGGACCCUGAGCCGCCACAGGAAGGCUCACGGCCGCGAGGAGUCCAAGGAGGAGGAUGCGCUUCCUCGGGAGGGCCAGGGGGUGAGCGGAGCAGCCGAAGGGCCACUGCUCGUCCCUGCCACGCCCCCUGCCCCUGAGCCGGAGGAGAAGACUGCAAACCCCUUGGUGGAGCCCCCGGCCGAGGGAGAGGCCUCAUCGGAAGCCUCCGCAGAGAAGCAGAGUGAGGAGGCAGAGGGCACCUCCGACGGGGAGGGCACAGCCGAGAAGAAGUCCUCAGAGAAGAGUGACGAUGACAAGAAGCCAAAGACAGACUCCCCCAGAAGCGUGGCCAGCAAGGCCGACAAGAGGAAGAAGGUCUGCAGUGUGUGCAACAAGAGGUUCUGGUCCCUGCAGGACCUGACCCGGCACAUGAGGUCCCACACAGGAGAAAGGCCGUACAAAUGUCAGACCUGUGAGCGAACCUUCACCUUGAAGCACAGCCUGGUUCGCCAUCAGCGGGUCCACCAGAAAGCCAGGCAUGCCAAACACCACGGGAAGGACAGUGACAAGGACGAGCGGGGCGAGGAGGACAGUGAGAGCGAGUCCACCCACAGCGGCAACAACCCUGUCUCGGAGAACGAGGCAGACUCAGCUCUACCGGCCAGCAACCACGUGGCGAUCACCCGGAGCCGGAAGGAAAGCCUAGCCAAUGCCACCAAGGAUUCCAGCCACAGGGAAGAGAGGGCGGCGGGUCGGACGGCUGGUGCUGGCCAGGCUGAAGCCAGCAGGAGUGCUCCCAAGGCCGCUUCCCUGGGCAGCCCCAAGGAGCAGGCGUCUCAGGGUGAUGCUGACCGGGAGAGCCCGGCGGCCCUUGUGCAAGACCUGCUGGAGUUGCACAGCAAGAGGCCAGCCCACCCCAUCCUGGCCACAGCCGAUGGCGCCUCGCCGCUCCUGGGGAUGGAAUGACAGCUCGACCUGUCCCCCCCAGCACACAGACGAAAGCCGGCAGAGCAAAGUGUCCUGAAUCUAUAUUUCACGGGGUUUCCUCAGUGCUCUUCAGCUUCGGGGAGUGAGAGAGAUUGAGAGAGAGAGAGUGAAGAGACGAGCCAGAGCAGGCCGUCUCGCCCGGUGCCAUAGCCUUACACGUCCCCGUGCGGGAGACGCAGCACAUCCGACUCGAGUGCCUUAACUACUUACCAGUCCUUCGGGGUCAGCCUGGGUGUUGUGUUUUCCCAGCAUGACUUUUUAAAAAACAAAGCAAAUAUUUUAAUGAAUUACUUGGAGAUGACCUUUUCAUUUAAGCAUUAAUGUUACCUUCUGUACUGGUGUGUGUGAGCUCGUUCUUGCGAAUCUGUGAUAGUAACGUUUGUUCUGUGAGCUGGAAACAGAAGAAAAAAACAUGCCCUUGGAUCCCCAUAGCCAAUAACUGGAAGAAAAUGAUGUGAAUUUCAUGUAAAUUACCAGAGGAAACAUGGAUAAGAUGCUCAUUUCUCAAAUAGACCUUUUCUUUUGUUGUUUGCUACGUGGUGGAGCUGUAAUUCGGUCCUCGGUAUUGCAGGAUGUGGUUGAUGAAGGUUUCCAAUUUGGUUCAAGCCAAAACCAGGAAAGAGUCUAGCUUCAACCUCGUACAUGUUUCCACUCUUUCAGCGUUAGACACGCUAUUACUGUUCAAGUUUCAGAACAUCCGUUCUUAACUUACAGAGAAGAGUUACCCUGGCAACUUAACCUAUAGAAAACAUAUACAGAUGUCACAUAGCUGAUUCCCCCCCUUCCAGUAUAUGUAUUAAUAAUAUUAUUAUUAUUAUUAUUUUUAGUUCAUCAGUUUGCUGGUCUCUGCAGUCAGCAGAAACAAAUGGGCAAUAUUUGUCCUGGGAGACCUGGGCCUCCCGGUCCCCGUGUGAGCGUCUGCCCUCAGCUGUCCCUGGCGCCCUCGGGCGGUAGCUCUUCUACUGUACUUAGACAAGCCUUUCCUCCGUGACUGCAGAAUCCAGCAGGGGCCACGACAGUCCCCGUGCCUGCGGCUGAGGAGCAGCUCAGAGAGGGGAGAGCGAGGGUCCUGCGCCUGGGCCUUCUGAGAAAGCCAGGCAGCGAGGAGACCUGUUACUCGCCGGUCUUCCUGCCAAACCCAGCCCAAGCCUUACCCGCCUGUGCUACUGUCAUUUGCAAAGCGAGGAAAUACUACUACUACUGGUAAUAAAACUGCACAUGCAAGAUGGAAGAUGAGGCACAGAUUGAUAUUUACCUUCCUGCAAGUUGGGGUUGGUGCUUGAAGAUAAACGUGCUGUUUCUAGUUUCUUUAAAUAACCUGAACCCCUGGGUGCAAAAAGGCAGGGUUUUUUGCAUGAGCAUCCAUCCUAUGCAGGCAGUAGACUUCCCUCCCUGUAGCCGCCAGCAGUGAAGAGAACAGAUCCUACUGUAGCUGAGCUUGUGUUCAGCCUCCUGUCCUCCAGCCGAGACCUCUGGGAUGCCCGAGCCUUCGUGCUCCUGGGGCCUCCUGUGCUGCCUUCCCCUGGGGAGCCACCCCCACCGCCCCUCCCAGGACCCUGGCGCUGUGUGGCUCUCAGUGCCACUGUGCACACAGACACACACAGACCCCUUUCUCUCCACUUCCGUACCAGUUUCUGGUGGCCAAAAUCCAACCGCCCAGACUUCAAAGGAAGAUAGAUAUUCUUGAGAUAAUGAAAAGUGAUAUCUUUGCAUGUGAAAGGAAAAAGGUUGAGGUAUGUAUGAUUUUUAACUGUAUUAGGGAUGUAUGAACCAGUUUCAAAACGAGGUUUUAUUUACUCUAGGUGAAUACAGAUCAGAACCAGUGAUCCCCGUGUCUCACUUCCCACCGAGUGUGGUCUGCUGCGUCAGAAGCGGUUCCUGCAUCCCUUUUCAUGACGAUUGUCGUUAUUUUCGUUGUUGUUAUUCGGGGUUUCUUGUGUUUUGUUUUUCUCUGCAACUCCCCACACUAAAACUCACAACACUGUGGGGAGAAGCCACGACUUCACUCUCCGCCGAGGUGAGAUGUAGCAGGAAUGGGCCCCGGCACGGCCGGGCCGCAGCUCGCAAUAAUCACUCUUGAUUUAAAGCUUUAUCUAGCCUUCAUCUGUCCCCUCGUAGUCGAUAAGGUCUUGCCACAUUUUAUUAGUGAGGUUGAGAAAUGUAUUAUUUGUUUGUUGUUCUGCCCCUCCCCCAAUAUUAAACUGUGAAAUUUGUGAUUUGUUUAAACUCUGGGUGAAUCAUAGCUUAGUUUGCAUGUCCAGCUAAUUUGUUUCUAGACAUUUUGUUUGAUUCUCUUUCUCCUUCUCUCAGGGCUUUUACAAAAAAGAUAUAUAUAUAUGGAUCUUCUAAAAAGUUUUUUGAGGUGCAAGUUUUUCUCUUUUGUUUUUCUCUUUGAAUUAUGGACACAAUGCUGAGAUUCAAUCACUACAUGAAACUCCUGGCUGUGAAAACAAAACAAACAACCCAAAGGGCCAUGUUUGCAAACAGCCCCGGGGAAGCUACGCACAGCCGGAUGCCAGUUUCAGGAAGAUUCAUCGUACCUUCCGCCCUCCGUUCCUCUCUGUCCUCCUCUCUUUCUUCAAGAAGGAAGUUGAUCCUAGUGAUUUCAGCCCAUGCAUUAAACAGGAAACAAUAAUAAAUGUGUAGAAUUCAUAUUUUUCUAAAGGGAACUUACAAACUGCUGCUACAGGUUAUGUACAAAACUGGUUUAUGCCACAAGAACAGAAUCACACGUUUGGUUUUGGUACUUUUUGUUCCUCUUUGUAUUCAGUGUAUAGUACUUCCAAAUUCAGAAUGAGAAGAAAAGCUGUUCUGUAUCAAACCAUCUAAGCAAUAAAUGUUAUAUUUCAAAACGGCAGAUUGCCGGUCA